GACUGUUAUUUUAACAUGUUUCAAACCCCAGUUUUGUUUGAGCAAUCCCAUUGGCUAUUGGAGUUGUCCAAUGACAAGAACUGUUAUUCAAUUGAUGCGUAUACUCCACAUGUGAAGCAAGAGUACAUAGUCAACGUCAAAAUGUUGCGGAGAGAGGUAAGAUUGCGGCGGGAAUACCUGUACAGGAAGGCGCAAGAGGACAGACUGCGUACCAUUGAGGAGAAAAAACAGAAGCUCAAAACCUCUCUUGAUGAGAAUCGACUAAUCCCGAGUGAAGUGCAAAAAGACGCCUUGCAGUUGCAAAAAUUGUUGGAGUAUGAUGAUGAGGGUGGCGAAGGUGUCAGUUCUCACAUGGAUGAUGAGUAUAAGUGGGCUGGUGUGGAGGACCCUAAGGUCAUGGUCACAACAUCUAGAGACCCCAGUUCCAGGCUGAAGAUGUUUGCCAAAGAAGUGAAGCUGCUGUUUCCUGGUGCACAACGCAUGAACAGAGGAAACCAUGAAGUGAAGUCACUGGUCCACGCUUGCAAAGCCAACACUGUAACAGACCUCGUCAUAGUUCACGAGACCAGAGGACAACCAGACGGAUUAGUAGUAUGCCACCUGCCAUUUGGACCCACAGCAUACUUCACUUUGUACAAUGUGGUGAUGAGGCAUGACGUACCAGACAUUGGGACAAUGUCGGAGGCCUACCCACAUCUCAUCUUUCACAACUUUACCUCACGACUUGGCAAAAGGGUAUCCAAUAUCCUCAAGUACCUGUUUCCAGUACCAAAAGAUGACAGCAGACGUGUCAUUACCCUUGCCAAUUAUGAUGACUAUAUCUCAUUCAGGCAUCAUACAUAUAAGAAAACAGACCACAAGAAUGUUGAAUUGGCAGAAGUGGGACCCAGAUUUGAAAUGAAGCUAUACAUGAUCAAGCUUGGCACCCUGGACAAUGAGAGUACAGCAGAUGUCGAGUGGCGUCACCACUCAUAUAUACGCACCGCCAAGAAGAGGAAGUUUUUAAGCGUGGAGUGAUGAAGACUAGUUUUCUAUGGACUCGUAAUAUGUUUUAAUAAUAUGUACCCAAAAGUCACAAUUAAUAUUUGGAGGACUGUUCUGUUCAAUGACUCAUUCAGCUCAAAGGUGUGACGGGAACCUUGCACACAGGUUCUUCCUGAACCAUCGAAGGACUACUCGCUUAACUACCAAUAAUUGUGUUGCGCUAUACUAAUGUAUAAAUUGGUACAGUUAUAUUGGUUUGUCACUAAAAUAGUACAAUUCCUUGUCAAAUCUCCCUUUAAGCAGUCACAUCUGAUGGGUCCAGUAAAUCUUAAUGUUGCUUUCUAGUGACCCUAUGUCAACAACUGGACUCCUUACCCUUUUGGAAAAUAUCAUAUAUUUUUUUUUUUACAUGUAAUCGUGUGUUCCUUUGUACGGGGAUGAGCUACUUUACAAAACAAUAAAUCUCCACUUUUCAGUC